CUCAUUUUGACAUGCUGUCACACUUCUCAGACGUACCCUCAAUGUCACACGCCUCGUCUUCACACCGCAGUUUGCAUUGUGGCACCGCCUGGAACCAAAACUUUUAACUCCUGAUUAAUGUUCAGCUCAAAACUUAAGUCUUGAAAAUAAAUUCUCCAAUGGAUCCUCUUCUGGUGCAAACUUCACAGCUCUUUUAAAAGUACAAAAGAGUUUGGCUGCAAAGAUCUGCCUGUAACUUCGACUUCAAGCCAGUGGGAUUUUCACACUCAACAGGGAGAUUUUCUAAGGAGACAUAACCAUGAGCUCAUCAUCCAGCUGGACUGUGCCGUUCCUUUUCUUCUUCCUACUAUUUUUAGUCCUACUGCUCAUCUUCUUUUACAAGAAGUUGAACAAGGAGGCCGAGGGAGAGUACACCAUCCGGCGUAUAGUGUAUAAGGAAGGAGGGGUCAGGGACCGAGUGAGAGGAGCAGCAUUAGCUCUGGAGACACGUCUCGGAGUCCAGCUGUGGCCUCGCAGUGAGUCUGAUGAGGACGGAGAGGAAAUGCAGGACAUGGAAGAUGAGGAGGGAAAGGUGGAGGAGGGUGAUAGCCAGGGCUGUGACAGCGAGGGAGGUGACCAGGAAGACAGCGAGGAGGGUAAUCAGGAGCAGGGAGAAGGAGGGGACACGUCAGAUGAUAAGUCCAGUUUGGAGGGUGCGGAAGCGGAGGAACAGACCAGGUUAACAGACGAGCCAGAGAAAGGGGAGGAAAAGGAGGAGAAAGAUGGGGAUGGCAAAGGCGAAGCAAGUGGUGGACCUGGACUGUUGAUAGAUCUACAUCAGUUCUCUGGCAGUGCGAUCUGGUCUGAGGAAGGGGGAUGUGUCAGCAAGGAGAGUGAUGUGACUGCACUGUGAGAGCAGAGUGAAAGAAAAAGUAGUUACACAGAUUAGUUGUGAAGUGUCUUUUCCAUAAACUGUAUGUCCCAAUACGAAAGUGUAAAUGCUUUUCCAUAGUAGUCUGAAAAUCCUGGUAACAGCCUAUGAAACAUUUCCCAGCUCUUUAACCGCAGAAUGUAACCUUCAGACGUGACCCUGGUGUCCUGCAGGGCUCCUGUCACUCCUCUUCCUGUUGAGGCCUCAGGAUAGAAGACUCGUUUGAUCAAUAAAGCUGUUAUCAAUUUCAUACUGAAUUACAUUUUGAAUGUUUGUUACAGAGGUUUUAAAUGUUUGUAUGAGAAUGUACCUCUUCUAAUAUAAAACUGGGUCAGCCAGUGAAGAAACAAACUUUGUGGUAGUGCGUCAGCCUGUAUGCGUGCUGUGCAUGGUGGACUGUGGCAUAUCAUUUUUGAAAUGUUUGAAAUGUCUUGUUCUAAUUCACAUGGAAAUUAUAAAACAGAUAUGACUGUUUGUAUCAUUCUUUAUUACAUAUUCAACGAUUAAGCAAUCAAUGUAAGUCAAUUGUACAGGUGCACUUUGUAGUUUUGGUGAAGAAAUUAUAAUCAGAAGAGUUUGUGUUCAUGAGUGAAUAAACAAGUUUACCGUAAA